GAGCAUUUGCAUGUCACAGGAGAAAAUAUACGCAAAAUACAUUAAAAAUAAAUUAUAAGGUAGUGUGUGUUUGUUGUGGUAACGAAAUGGAUGCAGGUGGAUCCUCAUCCAAUUCCUCUUCCAAACGAGUCAGAAAACUCCGACAAUGUAGUGGUGAUUCCACCAAGAGUGAACCUACUGAAGCAUCUUCGGAAAGUGAUUUCGAUCCCAGUGGAUCGCAUCAAAAAGGAGAAAGUGGUAGGAGAAGAUGUGAUCGACAGAAGCAGCCUGGACUGAAGUUUGCAGCCUUGGCCUAUGAGAGCAACUUUGAUGAUGGGGAGCACAAGAGUGCAUUUCUCCCGUAUCGGCCUAGAACAGUUCUCACCAAUCUCCAAAGAGGAAACGUCCAGACUGAAGCAGUUGUUGUCAAUCCUGUGCAGCUGAGCUUCCACCAGCGUGCUGGGAAAGGUGAAAUUACUAAAGCAGAUAUAGAUGCUGGCACAAAUGACAUUAAUGGAUUGGAUGAGCGAGGCCUAACACCACUAAUGUGGUCUUCAGCGUACGGUCAAGUUCCGACAGCCGCUCUCUUACUUAAAGCUGGAGCUCUCCAUUCCAUUAAAGGCCCAGACGGUGAAACUGCGAUCCAUCUGGCUGCAGCUGGUGGGCAUACGGACAUUAUCAGGCUGUUGAUUGGAGCCGGAGCUUCAGUCAAUGAGAUCGAUGACAAUUCCAAUACUCCAAUGAUGUUUGCCGCUCAUGGUAACCAUCCACAUGCCCUCAACGAACUGCUGAAUAACGGUGGAGAUAUCACGAUGAUUAACCUCAACGAUGAUUCUGCGCUGAGUAUCGCCUUGAAACGCUCCAGCAAAGAAGCACAAAAUGUUAUAGAAGGCUACUUGUUUAUGCUACUUCAGCCUCAAAACUAAAAACUAUUUGCCAUUAUCAUCUUGUACCAGAUACCAUCAUCACCCUUUACCCAUAGGCUUGUUAUAAUAGUUAUAGACUUCACAGUUA